CCGCUUUCUCCCUACCCCAUUCGACAGCAGCACCAGAACUCUGUAUGACCUGCACUCCGACAGGCGGGGUGUAAAACAUCUGACUCUAGGCGAUCCAGGACACGGGUCUGAUCAGGUUCAUACUCAGAAACAUACACUGACACUGCCAACAGCCACUGGCACUAGCUUUCCAGGCGCGUCCGCACGAAAGGCGUUCUGCAGUCGGAGUCAAAGGUAUUCUCCUUCAGAAGAGCGAUCAGAUUCCACUUUCAAAGUUGACGAGAUUCUGCAGGUCAGGAAUCCACAAGCAAGUGCGUACUUGGCAUUCUCAACCCGGUAGUAGGAGUUGCACAGCUCAAAGCAUGCCAUACGUGCCCCCUCAUUUGCGCGAAGGACGGGCGGACAGCGCCCCUCCUCCUCCCGCAAACUCCUUCGGGCGCAGCAACGGGCCUGUCAGCAGGGACUACGGCAGCAGCUUUGGAUCCCGAAGGGAUGAUCGCAGCAACGGGGCGCCAGCAUCGGGGGGGAGUUCGAGCAGGCCUUCUAGCAGGGAUGGCCCCUUGCCUGGCAGAGACGUAAGCCGGCGGUCGGCGGGUCCGCCGGAGGUUGUCUGGGAGACAUGGAAGCCAUCGCAAAGGGUUUCCGAUCUUACACCAGAGCAGAUUGUGGAUGUCCGGAAGCGACUGAACAUCGACGUUCAGGUCACGCCGGGCACGCCCGAAGCCCCUGCGGCAGUGGAGUCAUUCGGUGAUAUUGGGUUGAACAGUGACAUCAUGAAGGACAUCACGUUCCACUCAUACACCAACCCCACCCCCAUCCAAGCCCAAGCAAUGCCUGUUGCUCUCUCAAACCGCGACCUCUUGGGGUGCGCCGAGACUGGCAGCGGAAAGACGGCGGCCUUCGCUAUUCCUAUGAUCCAGCACUGCCUCGCUCAGCCCCCUGUGAAACGUGGGGACGGCCCGCUCGCGCUUGUGCUGGCACCAACGAGGGAGCUUGCGCAGCAGAUUGAAAAGGAGGUCCGGGCAUUCACCCGCUCCUCUAAGGGCUUCAAGUCGUCCAUCGUCGUGGGGGGGACGCACAUGGGGGACCAGGCGAGCGAGCUGAGGGGGGGGGUCGAGCUGGUGGUAGCGACCCCCGGGCGCUUCAUCGACCAUUUGCACCAAGGGAACACGGACCUGCAUCGCAUCUCGUUUGUCGUCCUCGAUGAGGCGGACCGUAUGCUGGACAUGGGGUUCGAGCCGCAGAUCCGAGAGGUGAUGAUGGGGCUCCCCAAGCGACAUCAGACGCUGCUCUUCAGUGCGACGAUGCCAACAGAGAUUGAGGCGCUCGCUCAGGAGUACUUGGAUAAGCCGGUAAGGGUUAAGGUCGGCACCGUCAGCAGCCCCACAGCCAACGUCACGCAGUCUCUCGAGAAGAUUCCCGAGCCCCAAAAGCUGGAGACGCUGCUUGCCUUGUUGGUUGAGGAGUCAAACGCGGCGGAGAGUAAUCAGCAGCCCCAGCCCCUCACGAUAGUGUUUGUGGAACGAAAGACAAAGUGCGAUGAGAUAGCCGACGCGCUGACGGCGCAGGGCCUGCGCGCGGUGGCGAUCCACGGGGGCCGGAGCCAGGGGGAGCGGGAGGCCGCGCUACGGGACUUCCGGAAAGGGGACCGGAACAUCCUGGUAGCGACUGACGUGGCAUCACGCGGAUUGGACGUCAGCGGUGUCGCCCACGUCAUCAACAUGGACCUGCCAAAGACGCUUGAGGACUACGUGCAUCGGAUCGGGCGGACGGGUCGAGCGGGGGCGUCCGGGAGGGCCACGUCGUUCCACACGGAACGAGAUGCGUAUCUCGUGGCACAGAUCAAGCGGGCUCUAGCGGAGGUGGAGGCUGGCAACACCAUGGCGUUUGCGACCGGAAAGGCGGCGAGAGCAAAGGAGCGCGAGGCGGUCGCCGCCAUGAAGAGUGGCUCCCAAGUUGCUACGGGGCCGUCCAUCGUUUCGGUUGAUGACAAAUUCCGCCACAUGCUCGCGCUCUCGUCUACUAGCAAGGACAAAGACAAGGGCGUAGCAGACGACGCUUGGGAUGACUAGGCACGGGAUGCGGAACCUCGUCUCGAGGUCGUGUCUGUUGUAAAGAGGUCGAGGAACACUCUGCACACAAGUCAUGGGGAUAUUUUUAGGGGGCGGGAAGGUACAAGGGUCAAGGUCUAGCGCCGCUGAUGGUGCCCAGUCAGGUUGCGAUGUCAUGUGUAGACUAAGCUAAAAGGCGCCAAACGCAUGUACAACAAAUUCGGCGGCUAACCAUCGAAGCCCGAGUCUAAUCGUAGCUGAUAGAAACCAACUGAAGGAGCUGUGUUUGCAGCAGGUGUGUUUGCAACGUCUGUGCGGUUACUUUUGCGCCAUGGCAGCCCGUCGGAAGUUCCGUGGUCGGCUUUUGUCCCUGAACAUAAUCUAGUGCAAGCGACAAUUCAAUGUGC